AUGGUCCAAGCAGCCUCUAAACCUUUUCUAAUUGGCAUUAGUGGAGGAGCAGCUUCAGGAAAAGCAGAAGCAUGCAAAAAGAUAAAGGAUGUCUUAUACAGUAAAGCGAAAGGGAAGAAAGUUGAGGUUCUUUCCUUGUCAUCAUUUUAUCGUGAACUUUCUGAUGAAGAACACAAUUUAGCGCUAAACAGUGAGUUUGACUUCGACCACCCAAAUUCAUUCGAUUUCAAAUAUUUAAUUGAAGUUUUAAAAAAAAUAAAACAAGGAAAACCUGUAAUCCUUCAUACAUAUGAUUGUUCUGCUUAUUCAAGUACCCCAGAUGUUCAAGAGGUGCCAAAUGAUGUGGAUGUUGUUAUUGUAGAAGGAAUAUUAACAUUUUAUCAAAAAGAAAUUAGAGAUAUGUUUGAUUUGAAAAUUUUCAUUGAAUCCGAUGCAGAUACAAGGUUGUGCAGAAAAGUCUUAAGAGAUGUUUCUAUGACAGGUCGUUGUUUGGAAUCGGUACUUGAUAAUUACUUUAAAUAUGUUAAACCAGCAUUUGAAGAGUUUUGUCUGCCGACUAAAAAAUAUGCUGAUGUUAUACUGCCACGUGCACCUGAUAAUCAUGUUGGUGUCGAUUUAAUUACGGAACAUUUGUUACAACUAUUAAAUGAUUCUUCAUCUAUGAUUAAUAAUAUUCAGCAACAAUAUAUACCACGUGUAAGAAAUCAAUCUGAAUCGUGUGUAGGUUCUAUUAGACCACAUUAA